GUCAUGGCCAAUGUGCGGCUGGAGUUCAGAAGCAGCGCCGGGGAUGCUGAUCCUCAGGCCAGGCCUCUACUGGUGCUCGGGCAGCUGCCCAACCUGCAACGGGCCCCCUGGGCGGAACUGAAGGGGAAGCUCUUCCCGAAAGUCACCGAAGAGAUAUGGCAGAGUGCCCUGAGCUCGCUGAGCCCCAACCCUACAGACAACUGCCCCCUGUACCUGAACUUUGCUACCGUGGCCGCGUUGCCCUCCCGAGUCAGCCGGCACAACAGCCCCUCAGCAGCGCAUUUUAUUACCCGGCUGAUCCGUAACAGCCUCCCCGGGGGGGCAAACCGCUGUAUCUUGAUGGUUUGCGAGCGCUCGGAGGUAUUCGCCAGCGCCUGCGCCAUCGCCCGGGCCUUCCCGCUUUUCAGCCGCCGCUCCAGCGCCUCCCGCCGGGCAGACAAGAAGAGCGUGGUGGUGGAGUUCCUUGUUACCGGGCAGAACAACGGCCCUAUGGAAGAGUCCACUCUGAAGUGCUUGGAGAGUGCCACGGAAGGGGUGCGGCUGGCCGCUCGCAUUGUGGAUACUCCGUGUAGUGAAAUGAACACCGAUCACUUUGUGGAGGAGAUUAAGGCUGUGGCGCGGGACCUGGGGAUCACUCCGCUCAUUAUAAGGGACGAGGAGCUGAAUCAGAGAGGAUUCGGAGGCAUCUACGGCGUGGGAAAAGCAGCAGAACACCCCCCUGCCCUGGUGAUCCUAAGCCACGCCCCCGAGGGAGCCACUCAAACCAUUGCCUGGGUGGGAAAAGGCAUUGUGUAUGACACCGGCGGACUCAGCAUUAAGGGGAAGACCACCAUGCCGGGAAUGAAGAGAGACUGUGGGGGAGCAGCGGCAGUUCUGGGAGCCUUUAAAGCAGCUGUGAAGCAGGGUUUCAAGGACAAUCUUCAUGCCGUCUUCUGUUUGGCGGAGAAUUCCGUGGGUCCCAAAGCCACGAGGCCGGAUGAUAUCCACGUGCUGUAUUCUGGGAAAACGGUCGAGAUAAACAACACGGACGCAGAAGGCAGGUUGGUACUGGCCGACGGGGUCUCCUACGCCUGCAAAGAUCUGGGGGCUGAUAUCAUUUUGGACAUGGCAACUCUAACGGGGGCCCAGGGCAUUGCAACCGGUAAAUACCACGCCGCCGUCCUGACCAACAGCGAGGAGUGGGAAGCCGCGUGCGUCAAAGCCGGGAGGAAAUGCGGGGACCUCGUCCACCCCCUGGUUUAUUGCCCCGAGCUGCACUUCAACGAGUUUUCCUCAGCCGUGGCUGAUAUGAAGAACUCUGUGGCCGACCGGGAGAAUGCACAGAGCUCCUGCGCCGGCCUCUUUAUUGCCUCCCACAUCGGGUUCGACUGGCCUGGGGUGUGGGUGCACGUGGACAUCGCGUCUCCUGUCCAUGCUGGUGAAAGAGCCACGGGUUUCGGGGUGGCCCUGCUCCUCUCCUUGUUCGGCCGCGCCUCUGAGGACCCCCUACUGAACAUGGUCUCCCCGCUGGGAGAAGACAAUAUCACAGACAACAGCGACGAGAGAGAUUCCAAAAGACGUCGGCUGGUGUAAACCUGCUCCCCCCCGAGGUUAUUGCCGGACCCCUUACAGGGCAGUUCUGAUACUGUACCCCCCCGGCUGUUAUGUAAUACGCGCACUGUCAUUGUUUAUUCUCCUUUGCAUUGACACAUGGGGGUGAUAUAAUUUCUACUGACAUAUACUGCUUUUUGGUGUAAAAAUGCUCCUCCAGUUCAUCGCCAACCACUAAUUAUCACUCCAAUUGAACCCCCUCCGCUGUGGUGUUGCCCCAGAGAUGUAAAGAAAGUGAUCCACCCCCCCCCCGCCCCCCCCAUCUCCACAGUUUUCUCUUUGUAACCUUUUUAUUAAUGCUUUUCAGCAGAAUACAAAUCAUUUGUUCGAA